CGCCUCUCAAAAACCAAAACUAUAAAUACCCUCAGAUCUCAACAUAAAUAAAUAAAACAUAAAACAAAAAAUUCCGAGAUCGGAAAAAAAAAAAAAAUACUGAUCAAUGGAAGGAGUAGGUGCCAGAUUCGGCCGGCAAUCAACUCGUUACGGUCCAACCACUGUAUUUACCGGCCCGGUUCGUAGAUGGAAGAAAAAGUGGAUCCACGUCAGCUCGGUUAAAAAGACCACGGUAACUAACGGUGGAGUUAACGGAAAUAAUAACGGUUCUCAUCUCAUGUUUCUCAAGUGGACUCCAAUUACUAAUAACAACAACACUAGUAGUACUGAAAAGGAUAUUGGUGAAGACGGUGUCGUUUCGAUUGAUGAACCACGCAAGCGUAAAUUCAACAGAUUGGGCUUCUUGUUGUACUUGAGUAAUGUGCGGAUUGCCAGAAUUAUUUUUUGUAUAUUUUCCCUCAGUCAGGGGUUGCUUCUGAUGGCUCUGCUUGAAGAUCUAAAGGAUGAGUCAGACCAGGAUGAGGAUGAAGCUGAACCAGUGGAGGCUGACGCAAAUACCGGGAAGCCAACAUCUCAAGCUGAUGAUUGUGAUGAAAAACCUGACAUCAAUGAUGUGCCAAUGGAAGAAAAUCAGGAUCCAGAGGAUAAACCUCCAGAAAGACAAGAUUUAAAUGAAAGCACUUUGGACUUAUCAUUGGGUUUCACGGCUCAUGAGGAAAACGACGCUGACUCGAAAACAAAUCAGACGAAAGACGGUAAAUUGGACAGAGUGAACUCCAGUAGCACUGGGUAAUGAUGGUUCUUCUGUUAAUGCUGCCUGUAUCAGUUAGGCGCUUUAACUGCAUUAGUCCUUAAUCGACAGUGAUCUUAAAGUAACUGUAAUGUAAAACCAUUGUAUUAGAAUGUAGACUCACAAAAAAGUUUUUCCCUAUUGACUGAGUUUCAUAUUUUUUUCACCGGGAUUGUAGUAAAACACUAUGAUAUUGGACUUGGUUGAAUGAAAUUUAACGUGCAUCACAUUGAAGAACU